AUGCUUCCCAGCUGGCCUUUGCCGGAGUUUGACCCAAGCCAGAUCCGACUGAUUGUGUAUCAGGACUGCGAGAGAAGAGGACGGAAUGUCUUGUUUGACUCCAGUGCUAAAAGAAAAAUAGAGGAUGUUUCUGUGUCGAAACUCUGCAGUGAUGCUCAGGUGAGAGUUUUUGGGAAAUGUUGCCAACUGAAGCCUGGAGGAGACAGCUCUUCUUCCUUGGAUAGUUCAAUCAAUUCAUCCUCCUCGUUCUCUGACCCAAAAGAGCAAUGCCCAAAAUACCAGGGUUCUCGGUGCUCCUCAGAUGCUAACAUGCUUGGAGAGAUGAUGUUUGGCUCUGUGGCCAUGAGCUACAAGGGCUCCACAUUAAAAAUUCACCAGAUCCGCUCGCCUCCUCAGCUCAUGCUCAGCAAGGUUUUCACAGCUCGCACUGGAAGCAGCAUCUACGGAAGUCUGAAUACGUUGCAGGACAGUCUUGAGUUCAUUAAUCAAGACAGCAAUACGCUAAAGCCUGACCACAGUACAAUUAUGAAUGGACUUCUUGGGAAUAUAGGUCUUGCACAGCUUUGCAGCCCCAGGCGGGCGUUCUCAGAGCAAGGUCCGCUCCGCCUGAUCCGGAGCGCCUCUUUCUUUGCAGUUCAUAGCAACCCUAUGGAUAUGCCUGGGAGGGAGCAGAAUGAGGACAGAGACAGCGGUAUAGCAAGAUCUGCAUCUCUUAGCAGUCUGCUCAUCACUCCGUUUCCAUCUCCGGGCUCUUCGUUUAACAAAAGCUGUGCUAGCAGUUACCAGCGGCGUUGGCGUCGCAGCCAGACUACCAGCUUGGAGAAUGGGGUCUUCCCUCGAUGGUCCAUGGAUGAAAGCUUUAACUUGUCAGAUGACAGCUCUGGUCCGAGCCCAGGAAUCGUUAGGAAGAAAAAGAUAGCAAUUGGAGUUAUUUUUUCACUCUCAAGAGAUGAAGAUGAAAACAACAAAUUUAAUGAGUUCUUCUUCUCACACUUUCCUCUUUUUGAGAGUCACAUGAACAAACUGAAGAGUGCAAUAGAGCAGGCUAUGAAAAUGAGUCGUAGAUCAGCUGAUGCCAGUCAGCGGAGUUUGGCAUAUAACAGAAUUGUCGAUGCCCUUAAUGAAUUCAGAACGACUAUUUGCAAUCUCUACAUGAUGCCACGGAUUGGGGAGCCCGUCUGGCUUACCAUGAUGUCGGGAACACCAGAAAAGAACCAGCUUUGCCAUCGCUUCAUGAAGGAAUUCACUUUCUUGAUGGAAAACGCUUCUAAAAACCAGUUUUUACCAGCUUUACUGACUGCAGUCCUGACUAACCACUUGGCCUGGGUCCCCACCGUCAUGCCGAAUGGCCAGCCGCCUAUAAGAAUCUUCCUGGAAAAGCAUUCUUCCCAGAGCGUGGACAUGCUGGCCAAAACUCAUCCAUACAACCCACUGUGGGCACAGCUCGGUGACCUGUAUGGGGCUAUUGGAUCACCUGUGAGAUUAGCCAAAACAGUUGUGGUUGGCAAAAGGCAUGACCUGGUGCAGAGGUUGCUUUAUUUCCUUACUUACUUCAUCAGAUGCUCUGAACUUCAAGAGACGCAUCUUCUAGAAAAUGGGGAAGACGAAGCCAUUGUCAUGCCUGGAACUGUUAUAACUACCACGCUGGAGAAAGGAGAAGUAGAAGAAUCUGAGUAUGUGCUUGUCACGAUGCACAAGAACAGGGGCAACUUGCUGCCGACGGAGUCUGAAGAAAUGAGAACUCCUAACUGCAGCUGUAAAUAUUGCAAAUGUCCCAUUUCCCUUGCACAAAACAUAGAAGGUGUUUCCCAGCCAGAGAGAGAAGAUGCACAAAACACUCCUAAGGUAGAGCUGGAGACUUCUUCAGAUGAGAACAGGACUGUCGUUCCUGACGAUUGCCAGGAAGAUGCUGUUGACCUCAAGCAACCAAGACCCUGCCUGGACACAAAACUAGAGACUGUGGUGUGCACUGGGUCAGCUUCACCAGAAAAACGUGUAGUGACGGAAUCUGGUUUGGAGCCAACAGCAAACGCGUGGAGGAGCGAAGACUCGCUGGAAUCAGGCAACCAGGUGGCCAGCGUAGCGAGGUCACCCGGCAUCGCGGUGGAAAAGAAGCCGCCGGAUAAGCUUUUCUGCGACGCCUUUCCUUGCAGCGCUGCUGAAGCUCAGACAAAGGUGACUUUCCUCAUCGGAGAUUCCAUGUCGCCCGACUCAGACAUCGAACUCCGAAGUCAGGCAGUGGUGGAACAAAUUGCUAGGCAUCACAGCCCGCCAGCAACGGAGGAAGGAGUGUCUGCUGAUCAGAACUGUGAAGCUAAACAAACUGUUGAGGACCAAAAUAGAGACCGUGGGACAGCUGAACCCUUUCCUCAAGUUGCUAGUGAGCAUCAGAGCUGGAAUCCAAAUCCCUACAACGCUGAGAGCAUGAGUCUGUUUGACGAAUAUUUUACUGAUGACAGUUCAAUCGAAACCCGGACUAUUGAUGAUAUUCCAGGGCAAGCAGCUGCAGACCUUGCUCACAACAGUAGUUUAGAGUUUUCUAAAAAGCUGUGUACAAAGACCAGCAAACCACCUAGCGAAUUUUGUAGAUUUAUGGACUCUGUUCGACAAGAGACCUACAAAAACUGCUUUAAUGAGCAGGACCAAAGAGAGAAAAUCUCUAUUCGCGUCCCCCAUGGGGACAGAGAAAACGUGGAGAAAAAAGUCGCCCCGGGAAUUGAUUGGGACAUUCCAAGAAAUGAGAGUUCAGAUAGUGCCCUGGGUGACAGCGAAAGUGAGGAUACAGGUCACGAUCUAACUAGACCAAGCGGUAACUAUUACGGAGGAGAGCAAGAAGACUGGGCAGAAGAAUAUGAGAUUCCUUUUCCUGGGUCAAAAUUAGUUGAAGUGAACUCUGUCCAGCCCAGUAUUGCCAAUUUCGGAAGAUCCUUACUAGGUGGCUACUGUUCAUCUUACGUCCCCGACUUCGUUUUGCAAGGAAUAGGCAGCGAUGAAAAGCUGAGGCACUGUUUGGUGUCAGAUUUGUCUCACGCUGUGCAGCAUCCAGUUCUGGAUGAACCGAUCGCAGAAGCUGUCUGCAUUAUUGCAGACACGGACAAAUGGACGGUGCAAGUGGCCAGUAGCCAGCGACGAAUGAUUGAUAAUAAGCUGGGAAAAGAAGUGUUAGUCUCGAGUCUCGUCUCCAACCUGCUUCAUUCCACUCUUCAGCUUUACAAGCAUAAUUUAUCUCCAAACUUUUGUGUCAUGCACCUGGAGGAUCGGCUGCAGGAGCUCUACUUCAAAAGCAAGAUGCUGUCCGAGUAUCUCAAGGGCCAGAUGAGAGUUCACGUCAAGGAGCUCGGCGUGGUGCUGGGGAUUGAAUCCAGCGACCCCCCUUUACUGGCAGCUGUGGCAAGCACUCACUCUCCGUAUGUUGCCCAGAUACUACUUUAA